CUGGUCGACGGAGUUGCCAUCUCGCUUAAUGCCAGUCAAAUCGGAUGACUCGAACAAGCCACAAGGGAUACAUAUUUCCUCAUCUGUCUAUAACCACUACGGUCCAGCAAAAGUGUACAUAUCCCCAAGAGAUCACGCCAACCAGAAUCUUAUAUACUAGAGGAGCUGCAAGUCUAUUCCAGCUGAUAAUAUAAUAACAGAGGCUGGAAUCGAGAAUAUAUUGUCAUCUGCAAUACUAGGAAGCUCUCAGCGAUUCAUUGGGACGAGUUAUAGUGAUGGGUCGUCCCCGACGCAACCAACAUUCAACCAGGGUGUAUCCCGAGUACUCUCAUGAGCCAACAAGCUCGUUGGAUCGUCUGAAUCCUAGUCAUGACGAUCAUGAUAAUCCAAGAGAGGAUGAUGACGAGGAUAGUAGCAGUGUGCUAUCGACCUUCCCACCUCACCACCAAUCGCCUCUACUUGGCAGUCCAACGGGAGGCUUCUUUCGGCGCUCGGAGCCAUCGAACAGCAGCAGCUACCGGACCAUGCGAGGCCGAACGCGAGGCCUCAAAGCGAAAGUCACCUGCCGAUGGGUCAGGAUGCCCGCCUUGAUCUUGCUCUGUCUCGGCGCCAUCAUCGCCUUCGUCUUCGUCCCCUGGCACCAAUCGCGCUCUGGCCUCGAUCUCAAUCAGCUCAGAGUCAGGGAAAACCAUCUCGACGGCUUCGCGAUCCAUAACAUUUCUGCCCCCGAUGGCUCGAUCUAUGGGAGCUUUGUCGGCCUAGGCGCCUCCGUCCAGAGUUUAUUUGUCAAGGAUCGUCAUGGAUCCUUUCGAGACAUAGUUCUAGGCUACGAUAACACCUCAGAGUAUCUCCAUCAUCCGGUCAAUCCAAGGUUCGGCUCAGUCGUUGGACGAUAUGCGAACCGCAUCAAAAACAGCUCGUUUGUCAUCCCUGGACAUCCUGAUCAGAUUUUUCGGACCACGCCAAACGAGCAUGGAGGUUUGAAUACUUUGCAUGGAGGAGAUCCCGGCUGGGAUAGAAGGCCUUUCCAAGUCGAAGCCAAAAAUCUGAGUUACAUCUCCUUUUCAUUGGUCGAUCAUGAUGGCGAGCAGGGAUUCCCAAGUGAGGUUGUGUCCAAAAUCGAGUAUCAAUUGCUUUCUGGCGGGAAAUGGAAAGCCAAGAUGACAGCACAGGCAAAUGGACUAACUCCAAUAAUGCUUUCCUCGCACGUGUAUUGGAAUUUGGAUGCCUAUGCAGCCGACGAAUCGGCUUCCAAGCAUAUCCUCCAGCUGAACGCGCCCCAAUACAUCGCCACCGACCCGAUCCUGAUCCCGACUGGGAAGCUGGAAUCCGUCAAGAACACUCCGCUGGAUUUCAUCCAGCCGGCUGAGAUCGGCUCGCGCUUCAAAGAGACUGCCGGUCUUUGCGGCCAGGACUGCAUCGGAUACGACAAUGCUUUGGUGUAUGAUGUCAAUCGACCCAUCGACGUUCCAGUGAUGGCAAUGUGGAGUCAACAGUCAGGUAUCAAGAUGUCAGUGAUUACCGAUCAAAUAGGUGUUCAAGUUUACACCUGUAACGCUAUCGUCCCUAAGAAAAAGAACAUCCCACCGGUCCCUCGGAAAAAAUCUCAGAAUGGGCCGGAUGCGGUUUAUGAGAAUCAUUCCUGUGUUGCAAUCGAACAACAGGGGUUAAUCGAUGCCAUCAAUCAUCCAGAGUGGAAGAUCAACAGCAUUUAUGGACCUGAUCGACCCUAUGAAUGGAACACCAUUUACGAAUUCUCGACUAUUUGAAUCCGCAUUUUUCUUUUAUUCCUUCCUAGCUCAAGCAUUUUUUUAAUGCGCGAACCCAUCAUCAUUCGAAUAUAUGACGAUCGUCUGGG